UAUUUUGAUUACAAUUGUAACCCAUAUGUGUUAUUAUUUUACUCUUUUCUUUCCUAUCCCGAUUAGGAACCAUUAAGAAAUACUUAGAAGCCACGUAUGUAAGUAAUUAAUUUUAUAAAAAGCCCUGAGAUUGAAAACAUAUUGAUAUGUGAUCUGGUAAAUUAAUUAGAUUAUUAUUAAUGCAUUGAUUAAAUUAAAUGAAAUAUAAAAAUAUUAUCUCAUAUCAAUAAUCAAGAUCACAACAACUGGCGCCCAACGUGGGGCAUUGUUAAGUAUUUCUAGUGGCAAAUUUGAAGGAUAGAAAGAGUAAAGCCGGUAUUUGAAAAUUUAUAUGCCUGUGGUAAAAAGUGAGAUACUUACAUUUGAUAACAUAAAAUUUUAGAUCUCUUUAGGUACAAAUUUUACAUAACUGAUUUAAUAUUUUAUUUUUACGAUAUUUACAUUUGAUAUAUUUAUUGACAAUUUAUAAUAUUUGGGUGAGAAAAAGUCGUCUUGGUAACAUACUAGUAAAAUUUCAUAUUUGGCGGGGACAGUACUUCUUGAAAACAAAUGUCUGUGACAAGAAGCCAAAGCAAAGACAACAAAAAACAAAAAGAACAUUCAAAUCAAGAGAAUAAUUCAGACCAAGAAGAUAUUUUAGACACGACAAUCAUGGCAUCAGAACAGCAAGAAUUAUCAGGAAUAGAUAAAUUAUUACAAAUGAUGCAACUCCAGUCACAAAGAAUAGAACAAAAAAUGGAUAAAAAUCAGGAAGAAACAUCAAAGAAAAUGGAUAAAGUGGAUCAAAAAAUGGAUGAAUCACAACAAAAAAUGGAUCAAAAAAUGGAGGAAACACAACGAAAAAUGGAUGAAACACAACAAAAAUUGGAUCAAAAAAUGGAUGAAACACAACAGAAAAUGGAUGAAACACAACAAAAAAUGGAUGAAACACAACAAAAAUUGGAUAAAAAAAUGGAUGAAACACAACAAAAAAUGAAACAAGCAAUAGAAGAGAACAACAAGAAAAUGGAGGAACGCAUAGAAAAGGAAGUAAAAGGAUGUUUAACAACAAUGAAAAACGAGAUGAAAGAACAAGAAAUGAAAAUUCAAAAUAAAAUAAAGGAGAUAACGAAUUGCCAGAAAAAAGAAAUGGAAAGUUUGGAAAACAAGUUGCAAAACGCUAUUCAAGCAGACAUAGAAGAAGUGGAAAGAAAGAUUGCGGAAAUCAAUACCCAACAAAAUGUCGGAGAAAGAAGAGAAAUGGUUAUACAUAGCACAGAUGACGUGAAGAUAAGGUUUGGCGGGGAUGUAAGAAGAUUACACCCAGUGCCGUUCAUAAAUAGCCUGAAAAAGAAAAUACAGCACAUCGGAAAUUUCGAAACAGCAAAAGAAACUAUCAGAAACCAUCUCAAAUAUGAAGCAAGCCUAUGGUUCGAUAGCAAAGAAGAAGAAUUCGGCAAUUGGCAACAAUUUGAACAAAAAUUUUUGAAUUAUUUCUGGGGAAAAGUCCAACAAUUGGAAAUUAACAAGGAAUUGCAAAAUGGGAAAUACAAUGAUAGGAUGGGUGUAUCAGAAAGGACAUAUGCUUUGCAAAUUUACAAUAAUGCAAAACAUUUACAAUAUAAUUACUCAUCGGAACAAUUAGUCGAACUGAUUGCAAGACAUUUCGAGGAAACGCUGGAAGACCAUAUCACAUUGCAAAACUACAAAGACAUAGAUAGUUUAUGCCAAUUCCUACAAAUAAGAGAAUCACGUCUAAGAGAAAGAAAAUCAAGAAGGUCGCGAGAAGAUUACAGGCCCCGAGAAACACAAGAUUACAGAGAUAGAAAUCAAAAUAGGAGGGACUAUACAAGACGAGAUUUUAAUCCCAGAAGGGAAAACGAAAAUAGAGACAACGGAAGAGGAAAUUAUGAACAAAGAAAUAGGCAAUGGAAUGAGGACAGAAAUCGAGAAUACCAGAGUAGAAACAUCACACGCUCAAAUCAAGAAAACAGAAAUAAUGGUAGACAAAAUGAACAGGGAUAUCGAGAAAACCGAAACAGAUCCGACAGACCAAGAGAAAAUAGAAGAGAGGUAAAUAAUACCCAGACAGAAGAAUAUGACGGAGAGAGAAAUUAUGACGAAAAUAUAAACAACAAUGAGCAACCGGCGUCUUUUCACGACGGCGCUCACUAAAAACAAAAAAACAAACAGGAAUCUUUUGUCCCCCCAAGGAGUUUAUUAAAUUGGCAGGAAACAACGAAAAGAAAAAUGGAAUUAAUUUAAAAUUUGUGGAUGGAUUUAUCAACGAGACACCAAUUAAAAUUAUGAUAGAUACUGGAUCGGAAAUAACAUUGGUCAAGAGAAAACUAAUAGAAGAAGUUAACUUAACAAAUUUAAUUUACAAAAUACCUAGGGUAAAUUUAGUGGGCGCAAACAAACGGACAUUGGCAACUAUAAAUGAAGGCAUACGAGUAAUGGUACGACUGGGUAAGAAUAUGUAUGAACUACAAUGUGUAAUAAUGCCAAAUAUGUCACAUGACAUGAUAGUAGGAGUUGACGAAUUGGCAGAAAAACAUGUAGUGAUAGAUUUUAAAAAUAAUACGAUGAAACUAACAGAAGAAAAAGAAAAGGAACAGGACAAGGAACAGGAGAAA